AUGGAGCGUCAAUACUCACAGGAGCAGCAUAUUCCUGACUACCAGCAGAUCAUCUCUGCCGGCAACAACAGUCAGCUGCAAAGAGCUUCUCCAUGCCCGAACCACUUUCAAGAUUCAACCGCAGCACGCACCGUCCUAGCCGUAAUUCUAGAGAUUGUCAAGGUCUCUGGAGAUGACCUGAGCGCGGCAUACUUGGGCGAGCUUUCUGCUACCAAAAGAGGAAAAGUCGCAUCUAGUGACGAAUACACAUUUCCGAUGCAGCAAGAAAGUCAUAACUUCGAGAAUGUAUGGUCAGAAAUGGAGGACCCUAAUAGGUUCUUUUUGCACGAGGUCGAAUCGACUUCGCAUCCUGCUCAGUUGGAUGCAAACAAUGUCAACAUUCACAGGCCUUCGGAAAUGGGAGACUCCUCGGUGGCCCGGCCCCUCCCAACACCACCAUCAUCAAGGGACCAGUCUUGGAGUGAGGAUUCACAGAAUAUGAUAGCGUAUGGGGAUGCAAAGAUUUCACAGAUGCCGGAACAACCGCCGCCCUAUAUAGUAUCUCCUCAAACCACGAUGGAUGAAUAUCAGCACCCCAAUAUCCAUACAAACAACCUCCAUCUCAGCAUACCUCCUGUCCCAUAUCUCCAAGCGUCUCCCUUCAUGGAGUCUCCCGAGGACAUGGAAAUUCCAGAAGCCGAUCGAGCGCCAUGGGAUGACCAGACGCUCUCCCAUGAGACAGAAAGUCCAAAGGUCGAUCUACGGCUGGUACCCAAUGCCUUGAAUACCGCUAUAUCUGCACAAUACAGCGACUCUCGAGGGAAGGCUGCGUCCAGCUUCUCGAGUUCUUUCGCAGCACCUCGGAUACCAAAUCCACACAAGCAGAAACAGAACACAUGGCCAAUACCACUUCACCGCUCGAGUGACGUCCCGAGCUUCCCUCCCAUCUCGCAGGUCGCAGCCACAUACGAAGAGCACCACCACCAAAUCUUGGACUGCAUUUCUCAAGUCACAGAAGAGAGCGGCCAAACAGCUCGGCGAACCACCAGGACACGACGCCCCAUGGCAAGAAAGGCAAGCUUCGACGCAGGGACACAAGACAGCAUCACGGUGAACACACUCGACACUCGGCCCCAGGGCAGUCGCCCGUCGGAAAACGAGAACCGGACCCGAGCGAAGCCGCCGAGGAUGAUGGGAGGGCACAAGGCCGCCGUCAAGAGCCAGCACGAGGUGUGCGACCUCUGCGGCCAGAAGUUCGAGGGCAUCCCGAAGAACCGCAAGCAGCACCUGAAGCGACACGUCGAGUCGACGCACGGCAAGGUCAGGUUCUACUGCGGCCAUGCCGGGUGCAGGAGCAACUACAACCGCGUGGACAACCUCCACGACCACGAGAGGAAGUGCCACGGGUUUGUGCUCCAGCCCGAGGCGGCGAACGCACCUGGUGGUGGUGGUGGUGGACAUGGGACGGCGGAGGAGGCCCGGACGGCGCUGCUGCUCCCUGGAGGGGGCUCGGAGAUAGCUGAGCUAGCAGGCGACGCUGGUCUCCACGAGGGAGGGCAAUACGGCGUGGGCAGGGGUUCGGCCACGAAUACGGGACGUCAGGUUUCGCGCGCGGUGGAGACGCAUAUUGCCGUCUUCGGGUAUCCGAUAUCGACCGAGGAGCAGAGCUGGGGCCCCGCGAGGGAGGAGUGGACUACAAUGUUGGCAGGCGUGUCCGGGGGGAGCGAAGGAGACGAAGGGGAUGAUCCUGACGGCAGACAUGAGGAUGACUCCCCUGAGGAAGGCCUGGGUAUGGAGUUGGGCAUGGGGCUGACACCCAGGCCGCUGGACUUACCGUGUGCUGCGUGGAGAGUAUGA